GCGUCCCUUGCGGCUGACGGCAGCAACGUUCCUCGACGGAAGCGUUUGGGUACAGGAUGGCGGCUGCAUGUCGGCGGGCACGUUGAACGUACAUGUACACGUCCGAAGCAGCAGACACGUCAUCACACGAUCGCCAUCGUUGUCGUCUUCGCAGGCGCACCUUCAUCGUCGGAGUGCACGUCGUGCACUCCGGUCGUCACUCGCAGCAUCGCUGUUCUGCGCCUCGGCACACGUGGAGUCUUCUGUACUUGGCGACGCCCACGUCGACAGUACUAGUUUCGGCGAUGGACAUGAAUGGGGAGGCGGGUCGUGACACACUGAGCAAGGAGGAGAGGACGGCGGUGGUAGGGGCCGUGAACGCCAUCCUCUUCCGCUGUCAAUUGCAGAGGAGCGAGGAGAGGAUGAGAGCGGUCAUUCGUGCACGGUGGAAGAGGACGCUGCAGUCCAUGAAUGUGGACGUAGAGGACAAUGGUGCCAUUUGCGACGCCGUGCUGAAGGUGUGCUACAUCAUGGGGUGUGGAGCAUUUCCCAGAGUGAUGCCCAAGUGGUGGAUGAAGCGACGGACAAGGGGGACGUGGGAGGAUCUGCGGCAAGGCGACGACGCGGCGACCGACUGCUUCAAGGACAAGUUGCGCAUGUCGCCACCUGUGUUCCGAGAGAUCGUGGAAGCUCUGUCUCCUUUCCUUCAACGGCGUGUCACUUCCUAUAGGGAGCCUCUCCAGCCUGACCACAUUGUCGCGUACGCUUUGUAUAGGUGGGUGUCGAGGGAGACGUACGAGAGUGGGACAUGGAGCUUCGGCAUUGGCAUAUCUUCUGGGUUGCGCGCUGCGCGGGAUGUAACUGUGGCGUUGCCGAGUGCGUACCCCGACAAGAUAUCGUGGUCGACGGCGCUGCAGAAGGCGGUCGUCUUGCGCGCUUUCGCUGCCAUGGGAAGUUGCCACGAUGUGAGGAUCGUCCACCUGUCGAGUUUGUGGGUGCGCGCGGAGGCAGGGGAGCUUUUCGGUGGGUCACCUGUCCUGCUGCCUUUCGGUGUGCAGACGAACGGGUAUCUGCUGGUCGACAAUGGUUAUCCCCCCUCCGAAUGGGUAGUCGUCCCCUAUGGUGGUCUCUCACAGCACCCAUCGGAGUUGCGCUUCGACAACAAGCAGAAGACGACAAGGGGAGUAGUUGAGAGGGCUUUCGGCAGACUGAAAGGGAUGUGGAGGUUGUUCCUUUGCUCCCACAAGACGAACAUGGAGACGUUGCCGCAGCAGUUCGUUGUCGUCUGCAUUCUGCAUAGCUUACUCAUCGACGAGGGGAUCCUCUUCGACGACAAUCUACUGUGGGAGGUCGGGCCGGACGUUGUGCACCGCAGGGUGGCCCUUGGGAUGCAGCGGCCCUUGAGGCCGAUGUGUAUGGAGUCGUCAACGCCGACUCAACGGGGGAUGUGUUCAUUCUGCGGGACGCACUGGCAGAGCGAAUGGGCGCGCAGUGAACACGACCAGGCGUGGGGAGCGGGCGGCUGCGAUGACGAGGCUGUGGCGAGAAAUUGGAGCACACGACGUGGGGAGCAAACGAGAAAUAAGAGCGGACGACGCGAGAGGCAUCUUUUCCUUGAUGGGGUGGUUGUCUGCGUUGGCGUCGUUGUGUGUGUCGCCCCGUUUUUUGGAACUGGGAAGUUCAUGGACCGGUGACUAUUUCGCUGUGGGUUGGUGUGCAACGUCGUGCAUGAGGCGGCAUAUGUUGGCAGUUUUGUUUGGUGCUGUUUCGUACUGCACGCCCGUGAGGACGGUGUCGGCGGCUCGGGUUGUUGGCGAUGGCAUAGUCCAACGCGUCGUCGGUAGGGGCGACGUCACGUGCGUGCACAUGCCGAUCGUAGUUAUCGUGUAGUAUGUUGUCACCGUGGGCGACGUGUCUGGGUGUCGGAGUCGAUUCCGGGGGUGUGUGUUUUGUUUUCCAGAUGUUGGGAAUGAAGUUGCCAUGAAGGC